UUCUGGCGAGCUCGAGUUCACGUUUUUUGUUAUCAGCUAUUUGAAGCAAAGUGAUCUUGCUACAUUGCUUUCAGUGGAAAUUGUCACAAUGCAUCGUCAAUUAUUAAGUGCUGAUCAUAGCGAUUUGAGCUUGCUAGGCUAUGAGGAUAUCGUUGAGUGUCCUUACAAUCGAGCUCAUCAGAUUAUGUCUUUUCGAAUGCAAACUCAUCUCUACAAGUGCCGAAAAAAUCACAAGGAUUUGAAGUAUGUUAAGUGUCCUUUCAACGAGACCCAUGAUAUGCCACAACAAGAACUCAAAUAUCACUCCAGUAUUUGUCCGGAUCGAGAGUCAUUCGAUCGAUACAAAUAUUGCAUUUCCACUUCGGCUGCAACGUUCGCCCCCGAAAUCGGUGGCGAUGCUCAACCAGUAACGGAGCAAGCAUUAUAUUCCGGGUUUGAUGCGGGAGACGAAUCAUGGGACGGGGAUUGUAAAGUCAGAGCCUAUAAUCCGACAGCUUAUGCUCGCCGUUCGAACGUGAUCAGAAGAUGCAAUGGAAUGGCACCGUCAGAGAGAAAAGCAUUCAAAGAGGCAGAACGUCAGCGUUUGCAGGAAAUGGGCCGAUGUUUUACACCACAAAAUAAUGAAUAAUUUGUAUACUGGAGGUAUAUGAAUUCUUUGUGAAGUUAUUUUUCGUUACGUUUUUAUAAUUUGUUAGUUAUAAAUUCAUUUGAAUUACUAUUAUCAAACAUGUUCAUUCAAAAAUAUAAUCAGUGCUACAAUAA